AUGGCUUCAGCAUCCGCAGCAGAGGAGACGAGCUACGACUUGUCAGAGCCGGAAGCUUUACUCGGCUUCCUCGAAGAUGCCGGCAUCCGCCUGGUGCGCCUCGAGUACCUGAUCGAGCUCUCUGCCUCCGGGAGGCCGUUGCCUCGCCGUCAAGAGGCGGAAAAGGAGACGACCAGCUCAGGGGCGCCGGCGCUCGUAGAGAGCAGCGAGCUCAGAGAAGUGAAGAUUGACCCCGAUACCGCCCACAUGUCCGUGAUGCUCCGGCACCCGGUGCCCAGACGGGUCCGAGUCCACCUUGUCUCCAUCAGCCACAUGUGGGAGAGCAUGCAGCAUCCGGAUCCGUGGAGGUUCCAGCUGAAUGCCAUCGUGGAGGAGUUCCGUCCCCGGCUGCUGGAUUCCGUCGUUUGGAUCUUCUACGACUUCCUUUCCUUGCAUCAAUACGCCAGAAGCGAGGAUCAGGAGUGUGUGGCAGCACCCGGAGCCACAAUCUUCGUGUUCUGGAAGGAGGAGCAGCAGAUGACGGACGUGCUUAUCACUGAACUCAAGUUGAACGGGACGCCUUACGAGGAACGAGGCUGGUGCAGGUCCGAGAAGGAAUGGUCCGCUUUGCGGACUUGGAUAAAGGGCGAAAGUCCGGUGCCGCUUCCACCAGACAUGUUCCGUGCCCGGAUGCAGCAGAUGAAGUUUACACACAGGGAGGAUACGGAGGAGGUCUUUAAGCUCCAGGCGAAGGUCUUCCACCAGAAAGCCGCGUCCACGACCAAUCUCCUCAUCGAAAACCUGACUGCCGAGAAGAUCGAAGUUCUGGUUGCAGCUCUGCCUUUCUACACCCAGCUCAAGGAGCUCGUAGCCAGGGGAAGCCCGGAGAAUGUUUGGAAGGUGGCCAUGGCCGUGGUGGAAUCUGGUGCCUGCAACGUCGAGAUCGUCUGCGAGAAUGUGCGGGACGAAGAUGCGAAAGAUUUUGCGACCGAUUUGUCCAAGGAGAAGUGCAGUCACUUGGAACGGCUGCACCUCAAGUGUGAGACGAUUGGUGAGCUAG